UUUCACUCAUUUCUAAUCGGAAAUCGCUCCAGCCAAGAUGCUGGAGUUUUUUAUUGCGAUUAUUUGGACUGUGUUCAGCACACUGUCUGAUGGUCUGAGCAACUUUACCUUUAACUGUGUUCGCUGUGUCCUUUUGCUUGCCAAAGGAGAAUCAACUCUGAACCAGAUUGAAAACAUCGAGGAAGUACCAUGCACCGCUCUGUCAGUUGUUUACCCAUCGAUUUCACAACAAGCAGCGGAUUAUGUUGGAAAUUUCUCUAAUAUAACAGUCCCGUUUUCGGCCAACCUUUCUCAAGGUUUUUCGACAAUUGCACAAUCGGAAACAUUCUUCCGCGAGACCUUCAAGAAGGUGGUGACCCUGGAGUUACUCAAACCCUCCGAAACUGCACUUAUAGUCUUCGAGAAGACAGAAGAAAGCGCGGUCGAUUAUGUUACACCCUUCUUCGCUGUGUGUCUGCUUCUACUGGCAACCUGUCUUGCAUGCGCUUGGGAUAAGGAUGUUGCUGAAAUUGAGCCAGCAAUGCCGAAAGAGCAGGUCGCCAUGGCAACUUGCCAUCUUGAAGAGGCCGUCGAGCUUGUUGCAUCUAUUACUGAGGAGAAAACACGAGCUCACAAGAUACCCAAGAACAAAAAAACUAAAGCGAAAAAAACAACAAUUCCUGUCCCGUGCCGAGGAAUUACAGGUGAAGCAGAUGGAAGCAAGCCAGAGUCGACAUGGACGCCCCCAAACUUUCACGAAGAUAAAACGGGUGGGAUUGUGACAACUAAAAAGAACAAACCGAAAUAUAGGAAGGAAGAGAAAAGUAACAUCAAAGGUUUCAAAACCGACACGCAAAUCAGUGAUCGCAAAGUAAACACGGGCGGGAGCAAGGAGCGUGUUCUUCAGCGUUGGACACCAGACGCAAGUAUUCCUGCUUCUUCGCUCAUGGAGUGGAAGCCACAGCCAACAGCGAGAAAAUUCAAGGGUUUUGAUCCCGAAGAGAUGUUUAGAAUGAACAUGGAGCGAUUCGGCGUAAAAACAUCAUUUGAUCCAUCACUUUCACAAUACACGACUCCUCUUCCUGUUAGAUAAAUCUCCUUGGCGUCGAUGAGUGGUGAUGUCACACCCUAUGUUUAUUAACUUCCCUUUUUAACCUUUGGCGUGACCACUUCUAUUGGUCCUGUUUCAAGAUGUUUCUGAUACUUUUUUCUGUCCUUAUUUGUGCUGUAAAUCGCGAGAUGAGAAUUUCAUUUCGAACGAACACUUUAGCAGAUAUACCUCAGAUAUACCUACCUAUAUGGAUAUCGAUAUUUAUAUACUUUGACGACUCAAAACCUAACCAUAGCAGAGCUCUAUAGGUAUAAAGAAAUGGUCUAGACUAUCAGUCGUUUUUACAAAAAUAUUGUCAUUUCACCGUUAGGCUUUACGCAGUAGUCUUGGUUCAUGUUCGGAACAGAAUAGAGAUCAGCAGCAAUUUACUUUGUGUAAGAGGUACCGAAAUAAAUAAAAUUGUAUAUUUUAUUGUAUUGUAUGUAUGAAUAAAAGUCAAUUUUGAUAAA